CUCCGUCUUUCUCACAGCACCUCAGCGCCGUUAUGCGACUCGCUGUAGCGUGUUCACGCCCGCGACGGGCUUCAUGGUUCGAUCGAUAAGGCUGUUCCUCGUUCGGCACGGAGAGACAGUCGACAACGUUGCUCAGCUUUAUGCCGGAAGCAGAGACUCAGCACUUACCAACCAUGGUCACCAACAAGCGACUCGCCUAGGUCUGCACUUCAAAUCCCUCGGCCUGGCAUUCACGCACCUCUUCUCCUCCCAUCUGCAGCGCGCAGCGACAACAGCCGAUCUGAUCCGGCAGGCUCAGCUGCCGACGGAUGCGAUCGAGGCUCCGCGCAAUGUAGCAGAAGUCGUGCAGUUGCCCAUUCUCACGGAGCAAGAUUUCGGGGACCUCGAGGGAAAGAAGUGGGCGGACAUGCAAGCCGAGCUGCAAAACAAGCCAGGCUUUGUGGCUAUGGAGACGAAAGAAGCCAUGAGUCGACGCGCCGAUGCAUUUCUUGACGAGCAUAUAUUGCCGUUGUUCGGUGAAACGACUGACGGCUCUGCUCUCACGAUCGCGAUUGUAUCUCAUGGCAUCUUCCUUUCUACCCUGUGGAAGCGCUUACUGCGACGACUUCCAGCAAACAGCAUAUCUUUAUCCGCAGACCUGCAAUCGACCGCCCGCCUAUCGUUGGAACACCUGGGCGCGUGGUCGAAUACAGGAUUCUUGGAAUUACUGAUGGUUCGCGACGAGGCAGGCAAGGCCCCUCCUGCAGGUGCUGCGACUACUGCAAUGUCAAAGCCGGACCUAUUACAACCCACAACAGCUAGCCUGAACGUCACUGUUGAUGCCGUCGAGCCUAUUCAGAACGCUGCCCAGGCAGAACCAAGCCAGGUCAGCGAUAAUGCCAAAGUCAAUGAGGCUAUACAGGCUAUACCGGCUACAGCCGCAGCUGUCGCUCAUCCGUCCCAACGUACAACUGGGUUACGCAUCGCACACGGGUGGACAAUCACGAUCUUAACGAUCAACGGCAAGGACCACCUGACUGGUCUCAAGCGCACUGGGGGUGGUGUGGGUAGCUCCCGCCACGAUGCAUCCCAGACAGGCAUUGAGACCUUUUUUAAGCGCCGCAAGGUCGAUUGACAAAUAUGAAUGUGCCGAGG